AAAGUUUUCUAUCGGUUUCGUAAUUAUUUUCAUACCUAAAUUAUCUUUUUUAUGUACAAAAUCUUAACUAGAUAUACUUUUAUAUACAUAAUAGAACAGUAAAAUUAUAUGACCUAGAAAUUCCAAUCCUAAAUUAUCAAUGAACCCGUUUGUUACAUAACAACGAAAUACUAAUAAAUACAAUUGACCUAAAAGUUUCUCGGUUAGGUUGUAGAUUCCGGAAAAUGAAGUGGGUGGUUUUCUUGUGCGGUUUCAGUUUUUUACUGUUGGGAACAUGUCACUCUGCCAACAUAGUGGCAUAUAUGCCCUUUCCGUUUUACAGCCAUCAAACAGCUUUCAAGCCGCUGUGGUUAGAACUGGCGAAAAGGGGACACAAAAUCACUCUCAUCCAGUCUCAAGUCACUGUAGAAAACAACGAGAACAUCACCCACAUACUCCUGAACGACACGUACAGAAUUAUGAACAAAGGGAAAAUGUUCGACAAAAUAGCAGAAGGCCAGUCCAUCGUCAAGACACUCGUAUCGGAGUUGCAUUCCCUUUUCGAGUCAAUGGAAUACCAAUUGUCGCAUCCAGGAGUCCAGGAAUUGCUGGCAAGCGACAAGAAAGUCGAUCUGUUCUUCACGGAGUUCCUUGCGACGUUUGGCACGGCUCUUGGGCGAAAGCUCAACGCGUCGAUGAUCGGCUUGGUAUCCAUGGACUCCUCUAUUCACGGACACCUCUACGUGGGCAACCCUACGCACCCGGUUAUGUAUCCAGAUAAAGAUAUGCCGUUUUACCCGGCUCUUACCUUCAAGGAAAGGGUGAUAGACACUUUUUUCUGGGUAGCUUUUAAACUGUCAAUGGAUUUUAUAUUCAAUCCCAUGAUGGAACGGGUAGCUGCGAAAUGUUUAGGGGAGGUAGAACCUUUGGAAGACAUCGCUAAGGAGGUUAGUCUGCUGUUUAUAAAUGCCAACCCGCUGUUCAAUGCCGUAAGGCCUCUAGGACCUAAAACUUUCAACAUUGGAGGGGGGCUUCACUUGUUGGAACCUCAGCCGCUGCCUGAGGAUCUUCAGGACUACUUGGACAACGCCGAAUAUGGGGUUAUAUAUUUCAGUUUGGGAUCCAACAUUAACAGCAAACAACUGCCUAACAUUACCAAGAAAAUAAUUCUGGAAACCUUCUCGCAGUUGCCGUACAAAAUAUUGUGGAAAUUCAAUGAAGAAAUUCCAGGAAAAUCCAAUAACGUCAAAGUGAUGAAAUGGAUACCGCAGCAAGACGUUCUCAGGCAUAAAAACGUAAAACUUUUUAUCACUCAAGGAGGUCUCCAGUCCAUGGAAGAAGCCAUUUUUAAUUACGUCCCCAUGCUUGCCCUGCCAUUCUAUGGAGAUCAAAAUAGCAACGCACGUAAAAUGGCAGCCAAAGGAAUUGGAUUGACGCUAGAUUACAAGAAGUUAAAUGUGGAAAGUUUUAAAAGCGCUAUUUUGGAGGUUCUCGACAACUCGCGAUACAGGGAAACAACGAAAGAAUUAGCCGACUUGGUCAUGGACCAACCGAUGACCGGUUUGGAGAAGGCCGUCUGGUGGACGGAGUACGUACUAAGACAUGGAAGAACGGAACACUUCAGGGACCGAUCCGUUGACACACCGUGGUAUCAGUUUUUGCUUUUAGAUGUAAUCUCUUUCGUUCUUGCGGCAGCAGCAGUUGCGAUAUACGUUUUCGUAAAAACUUUGCGAUUAUUAAAGUGGUCGGUAUGUAAGUUACACAAAACACUGACUGAUGGAAAGAAAACAAAAACGAAUUGAGUGCAGUUAGGUGACAGACAGUAAUUAAUAGAUAGAUAGUAACAAUGAAAUGCAAGCAUACGUUUACAGAACGUGUCUUUAACUGAAAUACUUUUAUUGAUGAAUUAAUACUCAAAUUAUUUUAGGUAUUCGUAAACUUUGAAUCAUGUUUAUUGUUGUCAUUAUCGA